AGACGCCGAUCAGGGAGCAUCAGGACCAGAGCUUCUGCACAUCACAAUGAAAAAGAUGCGGUGUGUUUCCUGGCUCUCGGCUGCGCUCCUCCUGUGUGUGUGUGGAUCGGCGGUGGACGGACGGUGCUGGGACCUCGCUGACUGCCACCACCUCGACUCUCACCACCUCGACUCUCACCACAACAUAAUAGAAUGCAUCUGGGAGUGCAGGUUGAAGCUGCUUUUCGGUGGCACUGACAUCCUGCUCCCAGAUCAGCAGCAGGGCAGCGAUGAAGACCAGGAGGAAGAGGAGAACAGCUUGGGCUUCGGCAUCCUGCUUCCAGCUCUGUCUCCGCCUGACGCCUCACGUGAGCGGACGCCCAGCACGAGGCCUGAACGCAGCGAGGACAGACUCGUGCACUCCAUGGAGCAUUUCCGCUGGGGGAAGCCCGUGAGCCGGAAGAGACGCCCGGUCAAGGUGCACACGGCCGUGUACGCCAACGACGAAUAUCAGGCGACCCCGCCCAUGGAGAUGCCCCUCUCUUCACUAUACAGGCGACAGCUGGAGGGCGGAAAGGAGCAGAAGAACAACAACGCAAACGCGAAGGGUGCCGCGAAGUACCGCAUAACCCACUUCCGCUGGAGCGCGCCCCCUCCUGCCAAGCGCUACGGCGGCUUCAUGAGGCCCUGGUCCGAGAGGUCCAACAAGCCCCUGCUCACGCUGCUCCGAAACAUCAUCGCUAAAAACGUUCAGUGAGCAGGAAACGAUUGCUGCUGUCAAACGGACGUGGACAUUGUCCUCGUCUCAGCUUUCUGCAGCUCGCAGGGACACGAGAGAGUUAAUGAGAUCUUCUGCUCUCCAUCUGCUUCCAUCCUGUACACUAACUGAAAACAUGUAGGAAGGGAUCUCACACUCCGGAUAGGUUUGAACGAUCACUUCUUAGCUCAUCAUAACGAGGUCUGAUUUUUUUUUUUUUUUAGGAAGGUUUAUUUGAUGAAUGAUUUCUAUUCCUAUAACUCUACUGCUUUUACACCACUCUAUAAUCAUGGAUGACAUUGUAAAUAUGAAAUAUUUAAAUAAAUCUGCAAUGGUACAAGCAGCGUUGCAAAAAUCACUGGCAACUUUAAU